AUGCUGACUUCGACUGCUGUGAGCUACCUGAAGUGUAGAGUGGAGAAAAGUCCCCCUAUUGUGGUAAAGGUCGAGUCAAAUCCCACAGACGCUCAGGACACUGUGUGUGACAGUAAUCACACCUUGAAUCAGGAUGAAUCUACUGAUCAAACCUCCACAGAGUCUCUGGAUUCUGUCUGUAACGCUGGAGAACAGCAGAUCCUGAACACCAGACCACUGAACAUGUGUUCUGUCAAACUGAUGGACUGCAGGAAACUGAUGAAGAUCAAAACUGAACCCACAGUAAAGGAAGAACAGACUGAUGAAGAUGAUGAUUUGUUUUCUUCACCUAAACUGAUGAACAGCGGGAACAUGAGGGAGAUCAAAACUGAACCCAAGCAUGAAGAGGAAGAACAGACUGAUGAAGAUGUUGUUCCUUCAGAUGAGAGCGGUGAUUCAUGUGGUGAUGGAGAAACGGCCUCUACAUCAAAACAGCGACUGACAGCACAAACUCUUUCCUGCAUCACCUGUGGAAAGACAUUCAGUUCACAGAGACGUUUAGAGACACAUGAGAGAAAACACACAGAACAGAAACUCUUCACCUGCACCAGAUGUGACAUCAGCUUUCCUACCUUACAAGAGAAGAAACUUCAUUCACAAGAGCACAGAGACAAGAAACACUUUCACUGUCAGCAGUGUGGGAAGACAUUUUGUUCACAGGGAUUUUUAGCAAGACAUGAGAGAAAACACACAGAACAGAAAUAUUUCACCUGCAGGAGGUGUGACAUCAGCUUUCCUACCUUACAAGAGAAGACGCAACAUUUAAAAGAGCACAGAGACAAGAAACACUUUCACUGUCAGCAGUGUGGGAAGAAUUGUGUAUCUUCUUCCAGUCUCAAAAAACACAUGAGGACACACAGUGAUGAAAAGUCUUUCCACUGCAGUGAAUGUGACAAAUAUUUCAGAACCAAAGGAACUCUUGUUGCUCAUCAGAGAAUUCACACGGGAGAAAAACCGUACGAGUUUCCUCACUGUGACAAGAGAUUUAACCACAAACCUCAUCUGAAGAAACACAUGUGUGUCCACACCAAAGAGAGACCGUAUGAGUGCAGUGAAUGUGGAAAAGGCUUCAGGGAAUCAAGUUCUUUACAGAGACACCAAACAUCACACUCCGAGGAGAAACUCUAUCAGUGUUCACACUGUGAUAAACGCUUUAAUGAGAAAUCUCGUCUGAUAACUCAUGAGAGAAUUCACACGGGAGAAAAACCGUACGCUUGUCCUCACUGUGAGAAGAGAUUCAACCAGAAACAUCAUCUGACAAAACACAUGCGUUCACACAGCAAUGAGAGACCGUAUGAGUGCAGUGAAUGUGGAAAAACCUUUACGGAGUCAAGUUCUUUACAGAGACACCAAAGAUCACACUCUGAGGAGAGGCUCUAUCAGUGUUCAUACUGUGAUAAACGCUUCCAUCAGAAAUCUCAUCGUAUUACUCAUGAGAGAAUUCACACUGGAGAGAAACCUUACAUCUGCUCUCACUGUGGAAAGAGCUUUUCUCAUCCAAGUUCUUUCAAAGAUCAUCUGAGAGUUCACACUGGAGAGAAACCUCAUCACUGCAGUGUUUGUGGGAAGAGUUUCAGUCGACGUAACAAUUUUAAGAAACAUCAGAGAACUCACACAGGAGAAAGACCUUACAAAUGUUCUCUGUGUGACAAGACGUUUACUCAAAGAGUUCUCCUGAAAAUCCAUCAGAGAGUUCACACUGGAGAGAAACACACUCAACACCAGUGACAGAUUUGAAUGAGAGCAUCAGUGACUUGAACGAGGAAUGUGUGUUAUCUUAGUCACUACAGAAUUUAAGUUCAAUGCGAUACCAAAUUGCCUUAUAGUAAGAUCCCAAACAUUGCGAUUGUAAGCUCAUUAACUGGAUCUUUUUUGACGUCCUGCGACCUACCUCAACUUUGUGAUUGACAUAGUCACAUAAUAACAGUGUAUUUUUAGAUCUCGCUAUAUGACUAGAUUAAAUUAAACAAGCAAUCAGAUUGAUAUCUCAGAACUGUUGAUUUGCUGUGAGGUUCUGAUGAACUCCAGUUGAUGAUAAAACAGUAAAAUCACUUCACACUGGAUUCACUUUGACUGGAUCAUUCAUGACAGUUUAACAAUAACUCUGUUGUACAUUUUUACUACAUUUCUGAUUAUGUUCUUCUUUAGAAUGUCAAUUAGAUCUGGUGAAUUGUCUCUUGACAUUUGCUGAGUCUUACUAUGUUUGAGGCGUCCAGAAACUGAAACUGUUUUUUAAGUUGAUUGUGAGACUGUUAGUCGCUCCUUGUCGCUCAGAAACUCCGUUAUCAUAUGUGACCCUGCACCACAAAACCAGUCUUAAGGGUCAAUAAUUCAAAAAUUUUACAUAAUCUGAAAGCUGAAUAAAUCAGUUGUGCAGCCAUGUCUUUGUUAGGAUGUGACCAUAUUUGGGAGAGAUACUAGUAUUUAAAACUCUGGAAUCUUAGGGUGAAAAAAAUCAAAAUAUUGUGUAAAUCGUCUAUGAAAUUGUCCAGAUAAAGUCCUUAGAAGAGCAUAUUACUCACAAAAAUAAAGUUUUGAUAUAUUUACGAUAGGACAUUUAUAGAAUAUCUUCAUGGAACAAGAGCGAUGGAAAUCGUGGCUGUUGAGCGCGAUGUUCAUUUCCAGAUUCGACACGUCAAGCAAAUGAGAGUGUGUAGUGAACAUCCUUCACUAGACGACUUUAAACCUUUAAAUGGAACACGACGGUUUCUGAAAGCAACAGCUGUGCCCAUCAUCAAACCUCGGGUUCGGGUAAAUGUUAAAUGAUCUUGCAGUCUGAUUAAUA